GCCACCGCGACAUUUUACGACGUCGGCGGUGACAGGCCCUGGGAACAUCCGGCUUUCUCCCGACAGCCGGGCGAAAGCGAGCACGAUGUUCGGUGCCGGGGACGAGGAUGACACCGACUUCCUCUCGCCCAGUGGCGGUGCCAGACUGGCCUCUCUUUUUGGACUGGAUCAGGCUGCUGCUGGCCAUGGAAAUGAAUUCUUCCAAUAUACAGCUCCAAAGCAGCCUAAGAAAGGUCAGGGAACAGCAGCAACAGGAAAUCAGGCAACACCAAAAACAGCACCAACCACAGCGGGCACGUCCACAGUACUGGUUGCAACAGCAGUCCAUGCGUAUCGAUACACAAAUGGUCAGUAUGUAAAGCAGGGCAAAUUUGGUGCUGCAGUCCUGGGGAACCACACAGCCAGAGAGUAUAAGAUUCUUCUUUAUAUCAGUCAACAACAACCAGUUACUGUUGCUAGAAUUCAUCUGAACUUUGAGCUAAUGGUUCGGCCCAAUAACUACAGCACCUUUUAUGAUGACCAGAGACAAAACUGGUCCAUCAUGUUUGAGUCGGAAAAAGCUGCCGUGGAGUUCAAUAAGCAGGUGGGCAUUGCCAAGUGCAACAGCACCUCUUCCUUAGAUGCAGUGAUCUCUCAGGACCUCAUUGUGGCUGAGGGCCCUGGUGUGGAAGUUGGAGAUUCUUUAGAAGUGGCCUAUACUGGCUGGCUCUUUCAGAAUCAUGUGCUGGGCCAGGUUUUUGACUCUACUACUAACAAAGAUAAGUUGCUUCGCCUGAAAUUAGGAUCAGGAAAAGUCAUCAAGGGCUGGGAGGAUGGCAUGCUGGGAAUGAGAAAAGGAGGAAAGAGGUUGCUUAUCAUCCCUCCAGCCUGUGCUGCUGGCUCUGAAGGGGUUAUAGGCUGGACUCAGUCGACGGACUCAAUCCUGGUGUUUGAAGUGGAGGUUAGGCGGGUGAAGUUUGCCAGAGAUUCUGGCUCUGAUGGGCAGAAUGUUAGUUCUCGGGAUUCUGCGGCCCCUUCUCCCAUACCUGGUGCUGACAGCCUUUCUGCUGAUCCUGUUGUGUCACCACCCACGUCGAUGCCUUUCAAAUCAGUGGAGCCAGGUUUUCGUACCAAAUCUAACUCCCUCGGUGAACAGCUUACAGUCAAUACAAGUCCUGAUACAGUCAAGGCCAAGUUGAUCUCUCGGAUGGCUAAAAUGGGCCAGCCCAUGCUGCCCAUUCUUCCACCACAGCUGGAUUCCAAUGACUCAGAAAUUGAAGAUGUGAAUGCUCAGCGAGGAGUUGGACAACCCCUGGUGACUCCGUCUGUCCAGCCCUCUCUUCAGCCUGCUCAUCCAGUGUUACCACAGAUGACUUCACAGGCCCCUCAGGCAUCUGUUUCUGGGCUCCAAACACCUUCUGCUGCCUUAAUGCAAGUUGCAUCUCUUGAUUCCCACUCAACUAUGUCUGGAAAUGCCCAGUCCUUUCAGCCCUAUGCAGGUGUGCACGCCUACACAUAUCCCCAGGCAUCCGCAGUCACCUCCCAGCUGCAGCCAGUCCGACCCUUGUACCCAGCACCACUGUCCCAGGCUCCCCAUUUUCAAGGAUCACGUGACAUGGCUUCAUUUCUUAUGACCGAAGCCCGGCAACAUAACACUGAGAUUCGAAUGGCAGUCAGCAAAGUGGCUGAUAAAGUGGAUCAUCUCAUGACUAAGGUUGAAGAGUUACAGAAGCAGAGUGCUGGCAAUUCCAUGCUUCUUCCUAGCAUGUCAGUGACGAUGGAAACAAGCAUGAUCAUGAGCAACAUUCAGAGAAUCAUUCAGGAAAAUGAAAGAUUGAAGCAAGAGCUACUUGAGAAGAGCAGUCGGAUAGAAGAACAGAAUGACAAGAUCAGUGAACUCAUUGAACGGAAUCAGAGGUAUGUUGAGCAGAGUAACCUGAUGAUGGAGAAGAGGAACAACUCACUUCAAACAGCCACAGAAAACACACAGGCAAGGGUAUUGCAUGCUGAACAAGAGAAGGCCAAGGUGACAGAAGAGUUAACAGCAGCCACUGCCCAGGUCUCUCACCUGCAGCUCAAAAUGACUGCACACCAAAAGAAGGAAACAGAGCUGCAGCUGCAGCUGACAGAAAGCUCGAAGGAGGCAGAUCUUCUUCGGGGCCAGGUUGCCAAACUGCAGGCAGAGCUCUCAGAGCUCCAGGAAACCUCAGAGCAAGCACAGUCCAAAUUCAAAAGUGAAAAGCAGAGCAGGAGACAACUGGAACUCAAAGUAACGUCCCUGGAGGAGGAAUUGACUGAUCUACGAGCUGAGAAGGAGUCCCUGGAAAAGAACCUCUCAGAAAGGAAAAAGAAGUCAGCUCAAGAGCGCUGCCAGGCCGAGGAGGAGAUGGAUGAGAUUCGCAAGUCACACCAGGAGGAACUGGACAAGCUUCGACAGCUCUUGAAAAAGGCCCGAGUGUCCACAGACCAAGCAGCUGCAGAGCAGCUGUCUCUGGUGCAGGCUGAGCUACAGACCCAGUGGGAAGCAAAGUGUGAGCAUCUGUUGGCCUCCGCCAAGGACGAGCACCUGCAGCAGUACCAGGAAGUGUGUGCGCAGAGAGAUGCCCACCAGCAGAAGCUAACACGUCUUCAAGAAAAGUGCUUAGCCCUCCAGGCCCAAGUCACAGCCCUCACAGAGCAAAAUGAACAGCACAUCAAGGAACAGGAGAAGAGCAAGUCCCAGAUGUCUGGGGUUGAAGCUGCUGCUGAUCCCUCAGAGAAGGUCAAGAAGAUCAUGAACCAGGUGUUCCAGUCAUUGCGGGGAGAGUUUGAGCUGGAGGAAUCUUACGAUGGCAGGACCAUUCUGGGGACCAUCAUGAAUACAAUCAAGAUGGUGACUCUACAGCUGUUGAACCAGCAGGAGCAAGAGAACGGAGGCAGCAGCAGUGAGGAAGAUGAGCAGCCUCUGCAGCCUUCCGAGGAGCAGUCCGCCUCAGCCACACCUGGGCUGUGUUCCCCACCCCCAAAUGUAGAGGGGCAGGCGGCUGCCAUGGUGCUGUCAGAGCAGGUAGUGGAAGAGGUCACCCCAUUGCCGCCACAGGCUCUCCCCACACCUGAGGACAGUGUACAGAGAAGGAAAGGGGAGCUAGUUGCAGAGGCACUUUCAGAGAUCAAAGAUGGUUUCCUCUCACCCAAACCAGCUUGUACCUUAUCUCACACAGUUCUGGGGCCCCCAACUUCGAUUCCACCUAAGCCUCCAGGUCCUGUACUGAUGAACUCUGAGUGUGAGGAAGUACCUGUUGCUGGCCCAUUGGCAACCAAGUCUGACAACCCAGUGGGAACGGUGCAUGUCAGGGCAGUCCCAGAUGGCCCACCUCAAGAAAGCCCCAGGAGAUCGUCACUGACUUUAGACCCAGAGAAGGGGGACCCACCAGCCUUAGGACCUGAGAGCCCAGGAAAGCCCCAGCCUCCAGAGCUCAAUGAAGAUGAGGAUGUCACCAGCUCUGCUGGUCCUUCUGAGGAGCCACUAGGUAUGGAGGCCACCUCUGCAGCUGCAGGAACAGCCCUCAGACCCAACCAUGGCUCUCAGCAUUCCAGUCUCUCUGGGGAAGAGGAUGAACUGUUUCAAGGGGCAACUCUAAAAGUUCCAAGGCCCAAAGCACAACUGGAGGAGGAGGACGAAGACGAGGUGAGCAUGAAGGGACGCCCGCCCCCAACACCCCUUUUUGGAGAUGACGGUGAUGAUGAUGACAAUGACUGGCUGGGAUGAAGACCCAGGAAACUGGUGCACAGGUUUCUCUUCCAACCCUUCCCUAAGCAUGAUUUUGCACAACCAACCCUGGGUCUAGGCAAACACAGGGUGAGGUCAAGGUGAGCAUUCCGAGGACAGUAGUUCGGCUGUCGGAGGUAGUUAGCUACCUUCUCAGCACCACACCUGACCUGGCAAAGAGGAUCGUGACCCUGUUUUCAGAACUGGUGUUUUGAGCAGCCCACUGUGGUCCUGCCUGCGAGUCCCAGUUGGAGGAAGGAUUGGAGGCUCCCCUCCAGCCAGUCACCUACAAGAGUCCGGCCCUCUUUCAAGCUUUCUCUUCUCUUCAGUCACUCUCAGACUAACCCAGGACAUCCCUCCAUCUGCCUCCCAGGGCUCAACUGUGCCCCAGCAACAAGACCUGUCACCUGGGGGCAGGUCUCCCUGGAGAACUGAGGGGAGAUUACAUCAUCUUGAUCCCAGGUCAGUUAGCAGUCUGCCUGUGGUCCAAGGACAUGUCUCUUAUCUCUGCCUUAAAUCUUAUACAAAAGGUCAAUGAGUAUUUGAAAUUAACCAAACUAAAAUAAAUGUCUAUAAAGAAACUUGACUCGGGCCCUUGGGGAGAAACUGAGUUUCGUCCUAAGAACUGCCUUAUGCUCCUCUUUGGGAAUCUAAGGAUAGGAGUUGUAACUGGGCCAGUUAACGUGCACAAAUGCACUGUGCUAUGUUCCCUGUGGCACCUAACCCUGGAACUUUUAGGCUUUCAAAGAAAAGCACCACUCUGCUGUCCCAGCUUCCUAAGUCUCAGGGCAUUGUGGUUUGCUGAGGACCAGCCUGUCACCUGCUUACUCCUGUAGGUUCAGUCCUACAGCCUCAGAAGCCUUGCAGAGAAGGUGGGAAGACCCUUAAUGUUCAAUGUGCGUGGCACCUAAGGGAUUCUUCAAUUUGAGAGCAGCUUUGUUGCCUCUGAACUCAGAGGACCAGGACUAAUGUGGAGAACAGCAAUUAGAAAAUAUAAUGGUCAUUAUAUUUAGUUCUGGGAUUUCCAAAGACUAUGCAGACAGUCUUCAAAAAGUAUAACAAUUAAGACAAUUUUUUCUGAUUUUAAAUGUUUGUAAGAUAGGAACCUCAACUCUACUCUGUCUAGCUCAAGAUACCUUUAUAGGCUCUGUGUUAUCUCCCAUAUGGGGUCCUGGGAGGCAGACUGAGUAUUAAACUGUUACUUGGCAAAUAGGUGCCCCGGGGGAGCACUUGACACAGAUUGUCUCCUCUCUAGCAAUCACUAUAGAGAUGUUAUUCCCUUUUUCUAGAGGAGAAAAUGGAGCUGUUGUCUUCAAUCCUUGUCCAAAUGCAUAGGUAGUGAUCUGCAGAACAAGAAUUCAAAUCCUGGCUGUCUGGUUUGAGAGCCUGGGCUCUGGGCUACCACCCUUGCCAAACAGUUACUGGGCUGUGGGGAAGGAGCCAGAGAUGCUUGUUAGAAAUUCAUGUCCUGGGCCCCACCCCAGAUCUCCUGAGACAGAAUUCCCCUCCCGUAUGGUAAAAUACAAAAAGCUCAGGCUACAGCGUGUCACAGUCUGAGUGCACUUCCUUGCCCCAUGAGCUCUGUGGGCCUUGGCCAAGUUACUCUCUUACCCUUUUGGCUUCAGCCCCCUCAUCUGAACUGAAGAAACAGACUCGGAGUAAGUCCUGGCUCUGCCUCUUAUAAGUGGGGUGACUUUCUCUGCUUCCACUUCUUUGUCUCUAAAAUGAAGACAGAAGAGUCCCUACCUUGUUGUGAGAAUUAAAUGAGCUAAUAUUUGUAUAAAAUGCUUAAAACACUGCCAGGUGUUUGUAAAACUUUUUAAAUUCUAUAUAGGGACUCUGUCACCUUUUGUGACUUGGUUCUGAAGGCUGCUGAAAUGAGAGCAAUGGAUUGCUUACUCAGUCUAAUUAUAUAAUCACUCUGUAGAGCAGAGAUUAGAAAAUUUU